GACUAAUGACUGCUCGUCAUGUCCUCGUCUGCCCGCCACCGCCCCGUUCAUCACUCGCUAUUACUCCAGCUCAACAGUUGUCCUCUCCCACCCCGCCGUAGCUAGCCCCUCCACGGCCACAGGAAACAAUGUUCACGGGUCCAAACAGUCCAAAAAAGGAGGGGCGCGAGGGCAAAGCGAUGCAAGUCAACGUUGACCAUGUUGCUGUUCGACAUGACUGCAGCGUGGAGCAGCACCACAAGUCCCAGAUAGAGGUGGAAUCCCCUCAUGCUGGUUUUGGUCUGGGGCGGACGACCGAGCGUCUGGCCGAUAAGAAACAUCCAUCAGGUUACAAUGACAGCGCACGGCGCGGAGCUCCAGACCCCAGACUCCAGUCGCUCAGCGAGAUUACACUCCUCGGUGAGAGACCGACACCUUGGGGUUCGAAUCACCGGUCCAACACUCUCCAACAAGGCUCCAGGAUAUACCUAUCUUCUCCAAGAGGCACGUAUGUACCUCCAUACGACAGGCAUCAUCUACCAGCGUAUCACUGCGACAAGCCAUCAACACAGGGGGUCGACACUCGCACCGUCAUCCCGACAAACUCACCGCGUCUUUUUCCGGCCUCCGUUUGCCAUAUUGCCUCGGCCGCCCAACCAUUCUGCCAUCAAGCUUUCCCAUGCUCGCUUUUGUCAAGCCAAGGACCUCGGUGCGUCCAGCAGCCUAAUUGCACGUCCCUUUUCGACGCGCGACUGCUUCACCGACCUUCCCUUAUUGCUACUCACAGACCAGCGACCUAACGUUGCCCAAACUCAGCAGGGUAUGUGCCUUCUGUCCGGCUUCCGGAACCGGAACCUAGAAUGACUAUCACUCACGGUCAUCCCCGGGAGCUUCUUCUGGCCAGUGCCG